UUGCUAGGCGACUGUUUGUGUACUUUAGCGCGAAUAUAAGGACUGAGAAAAUAAGUGUAGUGAAGUGUGAAUUUAUUCCUGAAAGUUGUCUAUUUUAACACAACACCACUGAAAUAGAUACAUGUUUUAGCUGAAGCCAUGGCUGUUGAAUCGCAGGCGGUACCUCAGCUUGAACUGGAGGCUGUUAUCGGGUUCAACGGGCAUGUGUUUUCGGGCCUGAGGGUCCAUCCAGACAGAGAGCACCUGAUCUAUCCCCUGGGGUCCACUGUCAUUGUGAAGAGGAUCAAAGAUGGCAAGCCAGCGUUCCUGGACGGACACACAAACAAUGUAUCCUGUAUUUCAGUGUCCAAAAGUGGACAAUACGUUGCCUCUGGACAGGUCAACUUCAUGGGCUUUAAGGCUCCAAUAAUUAUCUGGGACUACGCACAACAAACUAUCUACACCCAGCUGCUUCUCCAUAAGGCUAAGGUUGAGGCUUUAGCCUUCUCUCCCAAUGAUAAGUACUUGGUGUCCCUGGGAGGUCAAGAUGAUGACAGUAUAGUUGUGUGGAAUAUAGAGACCAAGGAGGCCAUCUGUGGGAGUGCAGCUUCAGCACAAAGUUCUGGUCUCUGCCUCACCGUGCAAUACUCAAACAUGAACGACAACAUCUUUGUUUCUGCUGGGAGUGGAACAUUGCGAGUCUGGGAACUGGACCUACACAACAGAAAGAUCAGGCCUACAGAGUGUAAGACAGGCAAGCUGAAGAGGACUGUGAAAUGUGUGGAGAUAGCAGAGGAUGAUCAAUUCAUUUUCUGUGGCACCACCAGUGGAGACAUAAUGAAAAUCAACCUGAAGACGGGGCUUCUGAGGGACUGUGGUCCAGUUAAAGCGAAAUACAGUCUGGGUGUCAGUGUCCUGAGGUUAUUGAAGUCUGGACAUUUGCUUGUAGGCUCUGGAUCUGGCACCUUCACUCUGUGUUCCAGCACUAACUUCAAAACUGUUAAAGAAGUCCAGCUGGAGAAGGGCGUGACCUCCAUCGCUGUAAGAGGAGAGGGACAACAGUUCUUUGUUGGCACAGAGGCUGCUCAGAUGUACCGCUUCAGUUAUGAGAACUUCAAAGCUGAACUCAUAUCUACCAGCCACAAUAAUCCUGUCAAAGAUGUAGCCAUCCCUUUUGGAACAUCUGAAUUAUUUGCAACCUGCUCUGAGGAGGAUAUCAGACUGUGGCACAUAGACAAGCCCAAAGAGCUGCUGCGCAUCACUGUGCCCAACAUGACCUGCAAUGCCCUGGACUUCAUGUUUGACGGACAUAGCAUCAUCAGUGCGUGGAACGAUGGUAAGAUUCGUGUUUUUGCUCCAGAAAGUGGCCGGCUCAUGCUCGUCAUUCACAAUGCGCACAGAUUGGGCGUGACCGCCAUCGCAGGCACCAGGGACUGCAAGAGGAUUGUCAGUGGAGGGGGAGAAGGACAGGUGCGUAUUUGGGAGCUGCAGCCUCACGGCCAUCGUUUGCUGGAGACCAUGAAAGAGCACAAAGCCACUGUCACUUGUGUGAAAAUCAAGAGUGACGACACACAAUGCAUCACGGCUAGCUCUGACGGUGCCUGCAUCAUCUGGGACAUAGUGCGAUUUGCAAGCCUUCAAAGGAUGAUUGCCAACACGGUCUUCCGGACAGUGUGCUACCAUCCAGAGGAAUAUCAAGUCAUUACCAGUGGCACUGACAGAAAGGUUGCCUACUGGGACAUGUACGACGGCUCUACUAUCAGAGAACUUGAUGGCUCACAGUCCGGGGCCAUCAACGGCAUGCACAUCUCACAGGAUGGCCACCACUUUGUGACAGGUGGAGAUGACAAGCUGGUGAAGGUGUGGGACUACAUGGAAGGUGUAGUAACCCAUGUAGGAAUCGCUCAUGGUGCCAGCAUCUCAAGCAUCAAGGUAUGCUCCAACAACCGGACUCUAGUCAGCACCAGUGCAGACGGAGCUAUUCUUCGCUGGAAGUUUCCUCACCCUUCUGCCUCUUAAUGUGACACUGAGUCCUGGACACGAGAAGAAACAGCAGCCUUUAAUUCAGCAGCUCAUUCACAGGUUUUUCCAACAUCCUCUAUUCAUCCUUCGUGUGACUUAGCAAAUCUUUAACAGAAUUCAAUGAUCUGGUUUUACAUUAACCAAAAGAAAUAAUAAAUAAAAUCUCCAUAGAAAUAACUGCAUGCAGUGGGUUUAUAUAUUUAUGUUUCUGAGCUUUUUGUAAAUGUUUUUCUUUUCUGCUGCCUUCAAAUAAAACACAUGAAC